AUCGGCUGAAUAUAUUUCCUGUUCUAUACAAGCUACGUGAGUAGAGUUCGUUUUCCUGUAUUCAUAAAUCAGUCGAUUCUACUACCUGUGGGUAAUUGUUAGCUGGAUUUUUUUCGGUGUAAAAGAUUCACAUAUCAUUUUGGAAAUAUGCCUCCAAAAUUUGGCGGUGGGGAGAAGUGUGAUAUAUGCAGUAAGACUGUAUACGCUGCAGAGAGGAUCGAGGCUGGGAAGAGGCCAUUCCACAAGUUCUGCUUCAAGUGCAGCGAAUGCAAGAUGCAACUCAAGUUAGAAAAUUACGCCCAAGCCGACGGUAUUCUAUACUGCAAGAAGCAUUACGCAUCCUGUGUCGUCGCCAAAAACACGCAGGACCCCGCCGCGGCCAUGUAGCUCGGCCACUGGUGCUCUAGUCCUCCAACAUGUGAACUUUUGCAAUAGGGACUUUGGUCGCACUGUGAUCGGUACUGAAAACACUGAACCAAGGUGCUAACUAAUUGGAGAGUUGUGUUUCUUUGAUGAAUAUUAUGCAUAGUGUGUUAUGUAACAAGCUUGUAGCGUUCCAUUUCUGUGUAUUAGAAUGCACUUAUGUAUAAUAGAGUUUGCAUUCUGUUUGUUUGCUCUCUUUUAAGGGACUAGACACCAGAUGAUACCAUUGCAAGAAAAAAAAAGAAAAUUGUCAAAAGCUUACAUGAAUUUGAUAUCGUUGUGUGCAAUGCAUUGAAUCUUACUUACUGAUGUAUCACAUCGCGUUCGACACAUGUGUGUUUCGCAGUUUUUGUCUACCACGUAAAUACCAGAAAAUUUAAUAAUAGAAUCGGUAUAUGUAUCUGUACUAAUCACGUGACUAUCGCAUGCUAAAUAUACAGUACACACUUUAAACAGGGAAACAAGUAUGUGCUUGUUUUAAACGUGUAAACUCAGCUAAGACAGCGACAAAAUAUUAUUUAAAUCAUCAUGUAAAAUGAUGUAUUAUCGGCCUCAUACUUAUUCGUAAUGAAAUUCUAGUUUUAUUUUGAGGUUAUACUGUGUUUACCGAUUUUGGGAUCAUCUGGUGUUCAGUCCCUUUAAUUGAUUUAAAUUGCAUAAUAUUUGAAGUUUUCUGUUCAUAAUAUGUUCACAAACUGAUACCUAUACAUAAAAAUAGAUUUAAAUGAAUCAUGAAGGUAACAAUGAGAGCUGUUUUAAAAUUGCCUCAAGCAAUAAAGUAUUUUUCUAAUUUGAAACAUAAAAAUCCGUACAAUUAUGCUAAAUGCACUAUUUUAACGACAUGCUAUUAUAAUUACUAUAAGAUUUUGUGAUAUACUUGGUGAGAAAGAAUAUUUUAUUUUGUCACCAAAGUACAUAAAUUUGUGUCAUAUCAUUUAAAAGAUUUUAUCACAUCGUCAUACAUUAUUUAUGUGAAAUAAACAUAAAAGCUA